AUGAAGUUCGGCCGGCGCCGCUGCGCCAACUGCCGAACGAAGCGCUGCGCCCCCGGCGACCCGCGCUCGCCGCCCCACGGUCUCGCCAUCCCGCUCACCAAGCCCUUUUCCCGCCUCGAGGCGGGCACCUGGCUGCACGACCGGCCCGCGCGCGACGUGUACGUGCUUCUCGUCGACGUGUACAAGCUCCGCAUCGCGGACAGAUUCACCUACGAGCGCAAGUUUGAGCCCGUGACGCCGCGGCGGUUCGCGCGCUUCCUCGACCGCGUGGGCGCCGCGGCGGGGGCAACCUCUUGCCCCCGUGGUGGGACGCCGACCACCGCGUGCUGUGCCUCGCCGGCCCGGUACGGCUGCGACUGGUUCAUCGCCGAGAUGAGAAUGUUCCUCGCCGAGGUGUGCGGACCGUUGCCGUCGUGGCGUCAUAUUUUCAGCUGGAGGCGCCACCUUGCUCGUCGGGAGCUGGGCCUUGCUUGCGACUGUUACUCGGCGUUUGGUGGCCGCCAGCUGGAGGGCCGAGGGGACGGCGCCCCUCUUGCGGGCCGGAGCAUAUGCGUCGAGGACCUGCCGGAUGCUAAAAAGAGCCUCGACGACAUCCGAAAACCGAGUCUAGAUAAGCAAGACUUGGGAGAAGACAUUGAUCAAACACCAACAACCACCACGUUACGGACCGUGUGGCGACACCUGGCUAAAAGGUACACCGAGAACGUUGGAGACAAGACAAAGGAAUAUUUGCGCGAUCCCAUUGCUUCUCCCAAGCUUUCCUCCGAUCCCAUUACCCUCUUUGACCCAGUCAGAGUAAGCCUAGAUGGCGAGUACGCGGGACUUGUCCUAGGCGCCGUGCUAGGCACCGGUUGCAUGCUCCGCGUUUCCGGGUAUGGGGAGCACGCCCUUGCAUAG